AUGAAUGCACAAGCCAUCAAGGAAGUGAAGGACAAAAAUGCACAAAGUCCCAAAGAGACAAAGGUGAACACAGUAGACGUCCGGUCAUCGGCGGGGCAGCAAGGCCAUGAACAGAGUAAUGUGCAGGUGGUUCACCAGCCACAUCCCUCUGCGAAAACAAAUACCAGCGGCGGUGUCCUGACCGGUGCUGCCGCUGCCGUGGCAACUGCCCUUCAGUCCGCCAAGGAUGCUAUCUCCAAACACGAAUAGCAACAUUACAUUUCGGACCUUGUUAUCAGCAUUGCAUACGAGCAUUUAUUGAAAGAAAAAAAGAAA